UCUGGUAGUUGGGAUGACAGCAGUUCGGUCAGCAGCGGUCUCAGUGACACUGUAGAUAACAUCAGCACAGACGAUCUGAACACACCCACCUACCCUGCCAUCACAUCGUCACCACGCAAGAACAAGGCAGCCCAGGCGGACACACACCAGCAUGUGGAGCAGGAGGUCAGCAGCAGCUGGGCCGGAGCUGAAGAUCUGAAGAAGGUGGACGAGGAGCUGGAUGUCAGCAUGGAGCCCGGCUCAAAGUGGAAGCCUUCCUCCUCCUCUGCAUCCUCGCCAGCGGGGCAGUGCGGUGAGGAUCCCGGGCAGAAGACGGGCCUACCCAUGUCCCAGACUGGCUCCUGGAGGAGGGGUAUGACUGCCCAGGUGGGCAUCACGCCCCCCCGGACCAAAGGCACCAGCGCCACCCUAAAAACCCCUGGUAAAACUGAUGACGCCAAGGCCUCAGAGAAAUGCAAGGCCCCCUCCAAGACCGCUGGCAUCCAGCGCUCGCCCUCCGACGCCGGCAAGAGCAGUGGCGACGAGGGCAAGAAACCCCCCUCGGGCAUCGCCCGCCCCCCCACCACUGGGUCGUUCGGCUAUAAAAAGAUGGCCAGCACCCCCUCCGGUGCCCUCAUCACGUCCAGUGGUGCCACCCUGACCAGUGGCUCCGCCACCCUGGGGAAGGUGCCCAAGUCUUCGGCUAUCGGCAAGGGGACAGGGAUCAGCGGAGGCCGUAAGACCAGCUUAGAUGGCUCCCAGCCCCAAGACGAUGGGGUGCUGAUGGGCUGCGGAGGCUCCAAGGUGCCCCUCCAGUACCGCUCUCUGCCCCGGCCAGCCAAGUCCUCCAGCGGGGGUGUGGUGGGGCGCAGCGGCCACCGCUCCAGUUCCAGCAGCAUCGAUUCCAAUGUCAGCUGCAAGUCGGCCGGAGGAACGGGGACCAAGCGAAGGGACGCUGGGAAGGUGGGCUCGGGGCGCUCGAGCCCCAUCCCCAUCACCAUCAACCAGACGGACAAGGAGAAAGUGGCCGUGUCAGACCAGGACCCAGCAGGUUUAUCCACCUCCCCCAAGUCCAGCCCCACCUCCACGGGCCAGUCUGGCCUCAGGCAACCAGGGUCCAAGUACCCGGACAUUGCCUCACCCACCUUCCGCAGGUUGUUUGGCACCAAAGCCAGCAGCAAGGCCAGUACCCCAGGCACACCCGACUCAGGCAAGUGCCCCUCUGCGUUGGGCAGCCCUCAUGGCACAUUGGCGCGCCAGGCCAGCCUGGACUCUCCCUCCUCGGGCACGGGGAGCCUGGGCAGCGCGGGCGGGCAGAGCGGGGCUAGCAGCCCACUCUAUGGCAAGGCCCCUGACCUGGGCACUGAUUCGCCUGCCUCCAGCCCGGCGUCAGGCCUCUCGUUGCCCUCCAACGCCCGCCCCUGGCCCACCAACCUCAGCAGCUCCUCGGCAUGCUCUGGCAGUAAGGACACACUGAGCUGCCAGAGCAUGACCAGUCUGCACACCAGCUCCGAGUCCAUUGACCUGCUGCUGGGGCACCACCACGGCCCCAAAGUCACCCGCACGGCCAGCGUCAAGUCCACGCUUUCUGAGGGCAUGCCUCUUGACAGAAACACUCUCCCCAAAAAGGGACUGAGGUACCCUCCCUCGUCCAGACAGACGUCCCAUGAGGAGGGGAAGGAGUGGCUGCGUUCUCACUCCACUGGAGGGUUACAGGACACGGGGAGUCAGUCCCCUCUCUCCCCCCCUGGAGUUGCAUGCACAAGCACCGGAAAAUACCACUACUCCAACCUGCGUAAGCCCUACUCCAAAUACCACUACUCCAACCUGCGUAAGCCCUACUCCAAAUACCACUACUCCAACCUGCGUAAGCCCUACUCCAAAUACCACUACUCCAACCUGCGUAAGCCCUACUCCAAAUACCACUACUCCAACCUGCGUAAGCCCUACUCCAAAUACCACUACUUCAACCUGCGUAAGCCCUACUCCAAAUACCACUACUCCAACCUGCGUAAGCCCUACUCCAAAUACCACUACUCCAACCUGCUUAAGCACUACUCCAAAUACCACUACUCCAACCUGCGUAUGCCCUACUCCAAAUAUCACUACUCCAACCUGCGUAAGCCCUACUCCAAAUACCACUACUUCAACCUGCGUAAGCCCUACUCCAAAUACCACUACUCCAACCUGCGUAAGCACUACUCCAAAUACCACUACUCCAACCUGCGUAUGCCCUACUCCAAAUAUCACUACUCCAACCUGCGUAAGCCCUACUCCAAAUACCACUACUUCAACCUGCGUAAGCCCUACUCCAAAUACCACUACUCCAACCUGCGUAAGCCCUACUCCAAAUACCACUACUCCAACCUGCGUAAGCACUACUCCAAAUACCACUACUCCAACCUGCGUAUGCCCUACUCCAAAUAUCACUACUCCAACCUGCGUAAGCCCUACUCCAAAUGCCACUACUCCAACCUGCGUAAGCCCUACUCCAAAUACCACUACUCCAACCUGCGUAAGCCCUACUCCAAAUGCCACUACUCCCUCCUGCGUAAGCCCUACUCCAAAUACCACUACUCCAACCUGCGUAAGUACUACUCCAAAUACCAGUACUCCAACCUGCGCAAGCACUACUUCAAAUACCACUACUUCAACCUGCGUAAGCCCUACUCCAAAUACCACUACUCCAACCUGCGUAAGCCCUACUUCAAAUACCACUACUACAAUCUGCGUAAGCACUACUCCAAAUACCACUACUCCAACCUGCGUAAGCCCUACUCCAAAUACCACUACUCCCUCCUGCGUAAGCCCUACUCCAAAUACCACUACUCCAACCUGCUGAGCCCCACCAACCUGUCACCCUACAACCUGCCAGGACCCAGCAGUAUGAGUCGCUCCAACAGCAUCCCUGCCCAGGACUCCUUUGACCUGUAUGGAGAAGCCCACCUGGGGGGCAGCGCCACCUCUCUGGAGGACAGACCCCGGGGCAUGAGCCGCUCUGGCUCCUUCAGGGACAGCACCGAUGAAGUCCAUGGAUCCUCACUGUCGCUGGUCUCCAGCACCUCGUCCCUGUACUCUGCGGUUCUUUCCUUUCUGGCCAAGACAGAGGAAAAGGCACAUUCUGAGGGUCAAACAGGCCAAAAUACCACGCAAAUCAGGAAGCUGCGACGAGAGCUGGACGCCUCCCAGGAAAAGGUUGCGACCCUCACAUCUCAGCUGUCUGCCAAUGCUCACCUGGUGGCAGCCUUUGAGAAGAGCCUGGGGAACAUGACCUGUCGCCUAACGAGCCUCACCAUGACAGCUGAGCAAAAGGAGUCGGAGCUGGCUGAGCUGAGAGAAACCAUCGAGGCGCUGAAAGCCCAGAACACAGACGCCCAGACAGCCAUCCAAGUGGCCCUCAACGGCCCCGACCACCUACACAAAGAUCUGCGGAUUAGGCGGCAACACUCGUCGGAGAGCAUGUCCAGCAUCAACAGUGCAGCCAGUCACUCGUCCCUGGGCAGCGCCAAAGACCUAGAGGACAAGAAGAAGAAGAAGAAGAGCUGGGGAAAAGAGAGAGGCAACAAGGUGGCUGAUUCCAUCCCAGCACAGUUGCGGAGCUCGUUCAAGCAGGCCUUCAGUAAGAAGAAGGGCAACAAGCCUCAGUCUCCCCACGACGACAUCGAAGAGAUGACAGACUCAUCGCUGCCGUCCUCGCCCAAGCUACAGCAUGCUAACAGACAGGACAGCUUCCCAACACUACUCUCCUCAGCCUCUACCACAGAUAACAAGUGCGUUUGUGAUAGCAAGCCCCUCCCCAUUUGGAUGUCAAAGAGAAGGCUAAACGGUCAUGUGGUCUACAAGCACAGAUCUCGGCUGUGUGAGUGCACGGAGGCGGAGGCGGAGAUCAUCCUGCAGCUGAAGAACGAGCUGAGGGAGAAGGAACUGAAGCUGACAGACAUCCGCCUGGAGGCUCUUAGCUCCGCCCACCACCUGGACCAGAUCCGAGAGGCCAUGAACCGUAUGCAGGUGAGGAACCAGAAUGAGAUCGAGCUGCUGAAAGCGGAAAAUGACCGGCUCAAGACGGGAGGCACCACGACAGCCGCCACGCCAGCCAAGAUGGGCCGGCCACCCUCUGAGACCUCCAGCACAUCCUCGUCCUCCUCGCGCCAAUCUCUGGGCCUGUCCCUCAACAACCUCAAUAUUACAGACACCAUCAUGUCAGAUAUUCUCCUGGACGAUGGUUAUGAGGGCAAUCUACGCAAAGAGGGGCGCAGUGUCCGCAUUGUGGUCACAAUCAACAGUGGCUCCAAUAAGACCAAGGGUAUGCAAAGCCAGGAGUACCUCAUUGGUUCCAUCGGCGUGAGCGGAAAGACCAAGUGGGAUGUGCUAGAUGGAGUAAUCAGACGAUUAUUCAAGGAGUACGUGUUCCGGGUGGACCCACUGACCAGUCUGGGGCUGAACUCAGACAGUAUAGUCAGCUAUAGGAUGGGGGAUGUGGUGCGGGCCCACGCCUCUGAACUGCCUGAAAUGCUGCCCUGUGGCUACCUGGUGGGGGACAACAACGUCAUCAGCGUCAACCUCAAAGGUGUGAAGGAGAACAGCAUAGACAGCCUGGUAUUUGACACCCUCAUCCCCAAGCCCAUCGUCCAGAGAUACCUCAACCUGCUCAUGGAGCAUCGCCGCAUCAUCCUCUCUGGCCCCAGCGGCACCGGGAAGUCCUUCCUGGCCAGCAAGCUGGCGGAGUUCCUUGUCACCAAGUCUGGUCGAAAGGUCACGGAGAGCAACUUGGCUAGCUUCAACGUGGACCAGAAAUCCAGCAAGGACCUGCGUCAGUACCUAUCCAGCCUGGCAGAGCAGUGCAACACUGAGGAGAGCGAGACGGAGCUGCCCACCGUGGUCAUACUGGACAACCUCCACCACAUCGGCUCACUCAGCGACAUCUUCAACGGAUUCCUCAACUACAAGUACCACAAAUGCCCGUAUGUGAUUGGAACCAUGAACCAGGGAGUGUCUUCCUCUCCCAACCUUGAGCUUCACCACAAUUUCAGGUGGGUGCUGUGUGCCAACCACACAGAGCCGGUCAAGGGUUUCCUGGGCCGAUUUCUGCGCAGGAAGCUGAUCGAGACGGAGAUCAACAGGAACAUGCGUAGCAAUGACCUCAUCAAGGUCAUCGACUGGAUUCCCAAGACGUGGCAGCACCUCAACGGCUUCCUGGAGGCCCACAGCUCCUCAGACGUCACCAUCGGUCCCAGGCUCUUCCUGUCCUGCCCCAUGGAUGCAGAUGGCUCGCGGGUGUGGUUCACUGACCUAUGGAACUACUCCCUGGUGCCUUACCUGCUGGAAGCCGUUAGAGAAGGGCUCCAGCUGUACGGCAAGAGGGCGGCGUGGGAGGACCCGUCCAAGUGGGUGAAGGACACCUACCCCUGGAGAUCUGCCUCCUUGCAGCAUGACAGCCAGGCCCUGCUCCAGUUACGGCCAGAGGACGUGGGCUAUGACGGCUACAGCUCCUCCAAAGAGGGCGCCUCCUCCAAACAAGUGUCACAGAGUGACACGGAAGGAGACCCACUGAUGAACAUGCUAAUGAGGCUGCAGGAGGCGGCCAACUACUCCAGCGCGCAGAGCUGCGACAGCGACAGCGCCAGUCACCAUGACGACCAGCUGGACUCGUCGCUGGAGUCGGCGCUCUAGACGAGAGCUCGGAGAGGAGACCUCAGAUGGAGUGACGGAGCGGAGCGCUUUUCAGCGUGGCGUCAGCGAGACGUGGCGGCUCGAACACUUCCAGGCACCCCACACAUAACACAGAGAGAUGUGUGUAGUCAGGAGAUGUCUGUUAGCAGGGUCGGGGGGAGGAAGCCCUCUGACAAAAUGGAGUAGAUUUUUGUGUAUGGUGGUUGAGACACAGUCCUCCAUUUCUCCACUGGAUGUGGCAUCCCAGAAUGCAGGCUGCACGUACACAGUGAGAGACAAUUAUGUCUGUGGUUCUACACCAUACAACUGGAAUUGACAUUAUAGUUUUAUUUAUGUUGAUUCACAGUUGUUGUAUUAACUACGGAUGUUUACAAGGGCCAAAUUCUGGUUUUGUUUACUAAGGUGCUGAACAAAAAAAGGCACGUAUCCCUCCCGUCAAACCCUGACCUCAGACGAGCCACAUGGUGCUGGUCCCGUGCUUAAACCUGUCCCUAGUUUACAGGCAACGCCAAGACCCUCCGUACACCCCUCGCCAACAAGCACAAAAAGAGCACUGUGUGUCGUCCAACCAACUGCUACUGUGAAACAAUGGACAAGUGCCCGUGUUACCGUAUGAUAUACUGCCAAGGGCACUGCAACGUGUCUGUCCACAUCCACAGAGUCCUUUUAGGCUUUUCACACUAGCAGACCUGUUGUUCACCCUUUCCUUAAAAGAUGGACAGCACUAUACCAACAGAUGGGUGCUGAAGGGAGGGGUGGCUCCUUCAAUCCAAGGGCCAGGUCAAGAACAGUACAAGCCUGAUAUUGGUGCUUUCUCAAUGCAAAGCUCUGAGACAGGGGUGUAUUACUUCAGCCUUUGGCUCCCUGCUGACCAUCCUGAGUGGAUAGGAGAUUGACAGGAACACACACUUCCUGACACACAACCAUUCAAAUGAAGUGGUCCCGUAUCGUCUCAGUGGGUGCUUUAAUUUCAGUACAGUAAAGGAGAGUUUUAUAACUACUUUUAGGCCAAAAUAUCUCACAGAUCCUGUCAAAGUAUGUUCCCCAAAACCAUCCACUUUUGUUUCUGACAGUAAUAUUGUACAAGCAAAAUGGUUGUUAUACUGUAUUUGCAAGUGGAACUGACCAAUUGUAUAAAAGUUCAAAGGGGUGGGCAUUUUUUUAGUUGUUGCUUUUACCCAGUUGAGCUGGGUUCACUUGAACUGUCAUGAGCACAACCCGACCCUUUUGAUUUUAUAGCCUAAGGAGCAUGUUUUAAGCUUUCUAGGGGGGAACAUUUGAAGGAGACUUUUCCUUUUACAUAACAGCGUGUGGUAGGGACAGCAGCCAUUUUGGAUUUGGAUUGUCCUUUUCCUCCAUUAAUGAGUGGGUUGGUUUUGCACAGUUAAAGUGGGGGUGUAAAUAAUAAAGUAUUGCACAGUGAAUCAGAGAUGCGUUCUUCCCUGUUGAUGUUAUAUUACGCUUUAACUCGCUGAGAAUUAUUGUACGUUGCAAAAAAAAUACAAAAUAGAAAUGCAAAAAACCAACAAGCUGUCAGAAACAGGUGUAUGUCUUGUGGUGAUUGGCUGUCUUGCCUAUGCAGGAGACAUACGAUGUACAGGAUGAUAUUAUCAUUUUAACCGCUGUAUAUUAAUGUUCACUAAAUCACUGAUUUGAGGAGCAAACCAUUCAAUUUAUCAAGAAAAGCAAAUCUGGUCAUUGUCACAGAUUUCCCUUUUGUGUAUUCUCUGGAACUAGCAUUUGGUGACUCAUCCCCCUAUUCAACAGGCGAAAAUUCACAAAGCAUUACACUGUAACAUUUCUGAAUAUACUUUCAUUCAGUCUUGUAUUCGGUUUUAGUAGAAUCAGAUUUUUUUUUUGUCAUCCCAUUCUGGAGAUACUCUUUUCCUGCUGUUGUGCUAUUUACAAUUCCAAAUAACAGGUGCUACUGGUCAACUAAAUCUAUCAGAUUCCAUUUUCUGCAGAAAAUGUUGUCACAACCUCAGGACAAGCUCUUGUUGUCAUCACUUGGCUGUGACAAAUGUCUUUUUAUUUUGUUUUUGCACUCAUCAUUGUUGGUCUACCCCAUCAGCCUUACACACACACACACACACACACACACACACACACACACACACACACACACCUACACACACCUACACACCUACACACCACACACACCUACACACACCUACACACACACACACACACACACACCUACACACCUACACACCACACACACCUACACACACCUACACACACACACCACACACACACACACACACACACACACACACACACACACACACACACACACACACACACACACACACCUACACACCUACACACCACACACACCUACACACACCUACACACACACACACACACACACACACACCUACACACACCUACACACACCUACACACAACACACACACCACACACACCUACACACACCUACACACACACACACACACACACACACACACACACACACACACACACCACACACACACCACACACACACACACACACACCUACACACCUACACACCUACACACCUACACACCUACACACCACACACACCUACACACACCUACACACACACACAACACACACACCACACACACACAGUCGGUAAGACAUAGCUCCCCUCCAACACAGCAGACAUCUCGUCACUCCUCCCUGCUCCCCUAGGACACAAUCAGUUGCCUAGUUAACCAGAUGUUUUCACAACACAACCAGUUGCCUAGUUAACCAGAUGUUUUCACAACACAACCAGUUGCCUAGUUAACCAGAUGUUUUCACAACACAACCAGUUGCCUAGUUAACCAGAUGUUUUCACAACACAACCAGUUGCCUAGUUAACCAGAUGUUUUCACAACACAACCAGUUGCCUAGUUAACCAGAUGUUUUCACAACACAACCAGUGUACCAUUAUGUCAUGGUGACACCAUACAAUCUCAAUGACAUCUUAGUUGGAAACAUCGCAUUUACUGCUUUCAGAGAAUCUUUUUUCUUUAAACAUUUGUCCUUAAAUGUUUUAUAUUUUGUACAUUUGUAUGUAACAUAUCGUGUAAAUAGACAGAGACAGCGAUUUAAAUCAUCUGGAGGGAUUUUGUAGUCUUUGUAAAGCCCUAAUAAAUGGUAUUUGGUGUCACAUGA